AUGUACCCAGAAGGAUUUGCAGUCUAUAAGACUUGGCCACUCACACUUUUACGGAAGCGAGAUGUCCCAGACGAUGCCGGAACACUUGCGUUUGUACAGCCCAUGCAUGCGUCGUCGUUGUUGUUUCUGGUCGGCGGAGGGCGUGCUCCACUUUAUCCAGCUAAUAAGGUUAUCUUGUGGGACUCCGUCACUCAGCGUGAGGUUGCGGAACUCGAGUUCAAGGAGCGAGUCUGUGGCCUGGUCACUCGACGGAACUGGCUGGUAGUUGCACUCAAGCGUAGGGUAGUUGCAUUUGAGAUCAACUCUAAUAUAGAGCGUCGUGGAGAAUGGGAGACCGCCGAGAACGAGCGCGGUCUGAUGGCAAUCGCCACAGCUCCAGAUUCAACCAUGCUUGCAAUUCCCGGUAGACAGCCUGGUCAUGUUCAGUUGAUCCAUUUACCUCCUUGUCCUCACCCGCCACCACCCAGUCCACCACCAAACACUACACCGAAGCCCAAAGCCCCUCAGCCUCGAUCUGGACCCGAUAUACCACCACCUCUUGCAACGCAGCCGGGAGCGAUCAUCGUAGCCCAUGAGAGCAAGCUCGCAGCACUUUCAUUAACCGCCUCUGGUCGACUUCUCGCUACCGCAUCACACCGUGGUACUUUGGUCCGAGUAUGGGACACACGCAGUCGUGCAAAGAUACGAGAGUUACGCCGUGGGACGGAUCGUGCCGACAUAUACGGUGUAGCGUUUAGGGGAGACGAGCAAGAAGUAUGUGUUUGGAGUGAUAAGGGCACAGUCCAUGUAUUCAAACUUGCGAAGCAAGGAGAGGAGAUUGGCGCAAAGAAUCGAACGUCUAAGCUCUCAGCACUCAAGGACUAUGUACGACUGCCCAAGAUCUUUGCAUCGGAAUGGUCUUACGCUCAAUAUCGUCUACCAGCGCAGGCUCCGUCGAGUAACCUGGCCGCUCUGAGCAGCCAGGUUAUUGACCCUACCGCUGAAAGGGUCGACGAGGAACGAUGCACUGUGGCUUGGAUUGAAGUACCUAUUGAAGGCCAUCCACCCGUUUCUCCCUCGAAGACUAAUAGACCACCCAAGUCCACAUCGAUUUCUACGAAUCCAACCCCCACUAUGCCUGUUGGAUCUGAACGUCCCAUGGACUAUCAGCUCGUGGCUCUCACAUAUUCUGGAGGAUGGUAUCGAUUGUCUUUACCCCCAGUCGCCGGGACAACGUCACAAUCUGAAACUAGGCCAGCCACACCUUCAGUUGGAAGACCGGGCGGAUCGGUGUUAUCUAGCUCGCCCAACAAUAACUCUGCAUCAGGUGCCGUUGGUCGAGGCAGAGAAGGCGCUGAUGGAACUGAAGUGAAGGAGAAGCAAAGCCGGCAGUGUAUAUUGGAAGAAUUUAGACGAUUUGGGAGGUGGGAUGGCUGGGGCUGA